CGCAAAUCGUUCUGUGACGGGAAGUUCGAAAUUGAAAGCAGAUCGCAAGCUGACGGAGCUACGUCAGCGUGGACUAAGGAUUUGUUCUAUACAGAAUGUCACUAAAGUCUCUUCCCCCGUCUCCAAACUGGUAUAUGAGUGCAAUCAGUGAUGCCAAUGAAAGGGGACUGUAUGUUUAUGGAGCAAUGCAGAAAGUAUACGUCUUUGAUAUCUCAGUUCCCUCAAGCGGACUGCGAAUGCUUGGCUAUUAUCCUGGCCACGAAGAUCGAGUAACAUCAGUUGCUCUUUGUCCGAACGAUGAAGUUUCAGUCUUCUCAAAUAAUCAGUUGACGAAGACAACACUGGAGGCCAGUUCUGAAGAAAAAUAUGCUUUUGGUUUGUCUAAAGAAAGCUUAGCUGGUUCUUUGUGUUGUAGUGCUGGAGAUGAUAUGGUUGUCAAAAUUUGGGAAGUAAACAGCUUCACUGAUGUCCAAUCUCACAAGGAACACAAAGGUAAAAUAACAACGGUCAGUUGGUGUGCCCUUAACACUAAUCUUAUUGCAAGUGGUGAUGAGAGGGGUGAAAUUUUGCUGUGGAACAGAAAAUCAAACACUAUUGCACGAUGGAGGCAAGAAAAGACCUAUAUCUACUGUACAGCAUUUUGUCCUCAUGUGCCAGCAUUGCUUGCAGUUGGUGUACGCCAAGGAACUGUAUUUCUUGUUGAUUUCUCAUCUGGUACUGGGUAUCUUGUGCAUCGCCUUCGAGGUCAUGAAGAUGAAGUCAUGUCUCUUUCUUGGUGCCCCAUUCCAGGAGAGGCAAUGCUGAAAAGUGUUAACGAGGAGAGCAGUAAUGAAGCAGAAAAGGAGAUUACUCGGACAGAUUCAGGCUGCCUUAUAGCCACAGGUUCUAAGGAUAGAACCAUCCGUGUGUGGAGUUGCAGCAAAGGGCAGCAGGUACUUUUGAAAAAGUUACCUGUUCAGCGCCGUGAACAAGAUCAAGGAACACGCACCAAGACAUGGGUGGCUGUGUGCUGGCUGAAACAUAACCCUGAGCUCCUUGUGUCUAGUUCUUCAAAUGGAGAUCUACUGUUGUGGAACUUGCUGCAUGGGAAGGGUCAUUCUCACUCUACUUUCUAUGCUGGGGAAUUCAAAAGUCAUGCUCGUCCAGCAUUCAACAUUUGUAGUGGUGGAGCAGGAGGAAAUACUCUCUGCACAUUCUCACAGGACAGAACACUAAUGCUGUGGGAUGCCAUCAGUAGUAAUGCUGUCUGUUCUUUACACACCCUUGGGGGUUUCGUUUACUGUCUCCGCAGCUCUCCUCUUGAUCCAGGUCGUGUUGCAGUAGGUGUUGGAGACAAUGUUAUUCGUGUAUGGAACAUGUCAAACAAGAUGAAUGCUUAUGACAUUACUAGUUUUUGGCAGGGUAUAAAGAACAAAGUCACAGCUGUAAGCUGGCAUCCUGUGAAAGAGGGCAUCCUGGCAUAUGGAACAGACGAUGGGCGUGUGGCUGUGUUGGAUAUCUUCUCUCGCAAAAUGCCUGUCACCUCAGGAACAUUGCAUGUCCGUACGGUGUAUGUUGUUGCUUGGGGACCGUCAUCAGGUUCUGCUGGGACAGCUGAAUCAGAGACUUUCUCCUUGUACUCAGUAGGAGAUUGUAAAAUCCUGGAACACACUACUGCCUCUCUGAGUAGGACAGACACCAAGACUGAAGCAAUCAAUUUCUCUGACCUUCUAAUUAAAAACAACAUAGAAGAGGUAACCUGUUUGAAAGCGACUGAAAUUUCAUGGAAUUUGAAUUUAAAAGCCUUCGCAGUGGGAGCUGAUGAUGGUGUAGUUUAUGUUUUUGACACAAGCACUUUGAAACUGCUAGCAGUAAUCAAGAUCCACUUGAAACUUAUUAAUUGUGUGCGCUGGCAUCCAAAAGCCACAAGUACCUCCCCAAAUGGCUCACCAUGUCAGUCAUGGCUGGCUUCUGGAGGAAAUGACCAAGUGCUUCAUGUGGUAGAUUUAUCCUGUGUGUUUGCACAAAAGAACCUGGACAGGCAGAUUGUGAUGCUUAAUAGCAGUCUUCGACAUUUCACUGGCCACACUAGCCGAAUCACUGACAUUUGUUGGAGCCCCCAUCAUGACGGCCGUCUUAUAUCUGUUGGAUAUGACGCUGAAGCCUAUGUGUGGGAUGUCCAGAAAGGAGUUGCUCUCUGCCAGUUCAAGGGCCAUCAUGGCCGCUUACUGACCUGCCAGUUCUCAGGACUUGAUCCUGAUCUUGUGAUUACUGCUGGAACAGAUAGUAAUGUGAUGGUGUGGCGUGUAUCAGAGCAACCCAUUCCUAACUUUGGGGAACAGAAAAAGAAGAAAAAAAAGUUGACAUCUUCUACAACAAGUUUGUCUGCACACCAGCCUGCUGAAAUAUCAGGAGAACAAUCUAUGAGUAGCAGGUCAAAUGAGACGGAGAAUGGUUUGAAUUCAGUAUUACAAGAUCUGCAUGAUCUUUUGAUGACUAAAGAACUGAUGUUGAAGCAGAAGGAUGAAAAAGAUGUUGUGGCAGAAAGCAGCUUGAAAGUGUCUUUGGAUGAAAUAGUAGUUAAUGAGCCUAUUGAUGAGAAUUCUUUAAAAGAUGCCAGUAAAGACAAGGAGUCCACAUGCUUCAUGAAUCAAAGAUCAUCUUCAACAUCUUCCACUGUUUGUGCCUCUGAUAAUGUUGUUGGUGUGCCAUUAUCUGAGCUGGAUUUAGAAGAGGAGGAAGUGGAUGACAGGGAAGCAGAUGAUCUACUUCAAAGUAGAGAGGAGGGCAAAGAUGAAAUGAAGACUGUAAGCACAGCUGGUGGUAGGCGAGCUACAUCAGGAAUCAUUUCAGCUGCAGUUAAAGGUACCCAUGCUGGUGACCUGGGGUCAAAGAAAAAGUGGAGGCCAAAGGCUUACUUCCCAGCUACUGCCAAAGCAGAUAACAGAAACCGAGCAAUUAUUUAUGAAGACCUGUAUUUGUUAACCAAGUUACAUUCACAGGGAGUGAACUCAGAAGAAGAGCCCGUUGGUGAGCGGUCCUCUUUACAAGCAGACAAAUUUCACCUGGGUCUCUUCACAGAUCGUAGAGGAGCAUACCUCUGUCUUCAGCAAGAAGAGGAACAUCACCUGAAUCAUGAAAACAUGGAGUACGCGCUGCAGAUGGAGGUAUGGAAAGGCAACAUCACUGGCGCCAUUCAAAUGGCUCGCGAACGGGGGCAGCUCUCCGACUGGAUCGUCUCCUUGGCCCCUCUGGCGUCUUACGAGACGUGGCUGGCAUUGUGUGAAGAAUACGCAGAGCAGCUGGAAGAGGAAGGACUGUACCACAAGGCGGUCUCCUAUUUGCUGGCUUGCCACAAACUGUACCCGGCAAUCGACCUCUUCCGUCGGCACAAACUCUUUAGAGAAGCAGUUGCUCUGGCCCGUGUAAGAUUAUCACCUCUUGACCCAGUUCUGGAAGAUCUGUACACUGAUUGGUCCGAACAGCUGAUGCGUGAUGGGGCAUAUGAACAGGCAGCAAAAUGCUAUCUUGCAAUGAAGCAGAUUCAGGAUGCUGCCAAAGUGAUUGCACGCCGCUGUGAUCAGAAUUCACUUCAGGCAGCCUGCCAUCUGACACUUUUGGCCAAUGAGAAGCAGCAAGGACAGCUGUAUGCACAGCAAGUGGUUACUCGGUACUUGGCUAAUCACCAGUGGAAACAAGCUCUUGCCUUUCUGAAAGAGCAUCAGCCUCUGAAGGUAUUUAUUCCUUAUGUAAGUGUACAUGAAAUGAUGGUCCGUGAGCUAUCAGCCUUGGUUCCAGAAAUGAUAACGCCUUUGGAACCAGAAUCAUUUUUGAUUUGGGAUAGUAUACCUGCUGAAAAAGCCAGUAUUCCUGAAUUCAUCCUUGAUCCAUCUGAUGCUGAUCCUGUCUUGCCAUGGGAAACACACUUAGUUGAUGGACAUGCCUUUCCACAUCAUAUACUUCGUGUGUGGUAUAUACAUCUGAAUAUUGCCAUGGCAACAGAACAGUUGCAUGUUAUGUACCAUGCCCUUCAGCAACUGCACUCAGGUCGUCAGAUUCACUUAGACACUCAGCAGGUACUGCUGCAAGUGUGCAGUGACGUGAUGCUGUGGCUGUUAGCACUUCUCACCAACCAAACAUCACUGGCUAUCUCUCAUCUUCUUGGAGCAUUGUCCACCCUCCAUGACGGAGGUCACCAUAGGCUUCUCACAGCAGUUUGUCGCCUCUUACUGCCACAAGGUCCUAAAUACAUGUUGAAACUACAGCACGAAGUCACAGCACUGAGAGUUCUGAUCAGCAUGGAGGCCCACACUGAGGUAGAGGGUGGUGGCAGACACCUUAGCCUUCGUCGCUACUUGUCGGAACUGAAGGAAGAACCCAGUGUUUCUACUGGAAAUGUGCGAUGCCGACAGCUAGACUGUGUUCGAGCAUAUUAUUAUAUUGCCAUUUUGCACCACUUACAGGACAUAUAUGCCAAAAAGAUUGAUGAUGCACAUCAUAUAGAUUUGGCCAAGGUCAGUGAUGCAGCUGCUAGGAGAGUCACUUCAGAUUCUUUAGACAGUGAAAAUAGAAAAGAGAUCUCAGUAAAUUCUGGACAUUUACACAUAAAAGAAAGCAGUGCUGGUGAGAUGCCUAAAGAUAAUAGUGUUUCAUCAGGUGACAAUGUUAAUGGUGACAGAGUUGUUAAUGAUGGUGGAGGAGAUGUUGAAGCUCAAAUGUGUUGCAGUAAAAUAAUAGUUGGUGCACAUAAAAAUGGCAUCAGUGAAAAGCAUGCAGCUCAGAAAAGUGGCAACGGGGCUGAUAUUCAGGAGGUGUUUGUAAAAGAGGAGACCUCAAGUGGUGAUGGAAGAGGUCAUAAUCCUGUAGCCAAAGAACAGCCUGUGGUGGGUGAUGCAGACAGGCAAAGAAAAUCACCCACUUUGAUCAGUUUUGAAAACAUUGGCAGUGGUUGGUGUUUGACUUUGGCAAAGUUACUUCAGCUUUCUAAAGGUCUGCUUUGGGAUAUUCAGGCCAAGCGUCUUGCUCUGACUGAAACUCUUGGUUAUAUUCAUAGGGCAAUCUCUCAACAUCUGCUGACAGAUCAGUCUCAAGAAGCUGCUCGGACACUAUCACGCAGUUCUCAUGCCGGUAACAGCCACAACCAUGUCCACACUGUAGUGUUGCACAGCCACCAAGCUCACUCUUCGCCCAACACUGAAACUGUAGCUGCUCACCUGCCUGAUGACCCAUUCUUGAACAUUAAUGACAAUGGUGGUGUCUCAUCGGGUAAAGAUGUUUGUGCUUCUGCCUCAGUUACCCAAGCAUCUUCCUGCAACUCUUCAUCUCGUAGUCCCUUAAAACCAAACACCACUGACAUAUCAUUGUCAAAAGUUAGUGACACUCAGCCCCCUGUGCCAAACCUCAUUAAGUUUUCAGAGUCAGACUUUAACAUUGAUCUUGCAACACUGGGUCAGCAGUUGGAUGGAUCACGACGAGUAUUAUGGGAGGAUGAUCCGGUAACUGUCUGUGUACAUGGCCAUGAGGGCCUUCGAAAAGUUGGCGAUGGAAGCAGCCAAAAACCAACCUGCUUACUGAGCCCAGCUAAAUACAUCAAUGUCCCUGAUGAGUGGUAUUCUCUGCCAGUUGAUGAGAAGUAUUCUGCGUCAUAUGUUACUUUGGCUGUUUUGAAGGAUGAGCAGGAUUUUGUCAUGGGAGAGCUGAAGCGUAUGUCUGACAGUCAGGUUCUGUUUCCAAGCCCAUUUAUGAGCAUGGAAUUCUUGUUGGAUGUGUGUGUGGCCAGUUCUACCAUGACGACUGUAGACAAGGAGGAAUAUCUGAAAAGUCUUCAUUCAUGGGCAUUACAUUUUGCAGUAACUUCACAGCAAAGAGGUCAUGUUGAACAACUGUUUGUGGAGGCUGAGAAAUCAAUUGGACUUUGAAAUGAAAAAUAUUGAUCCAGAUAUCUGACUUUUUUUUUUAGAAUGUAUUUUCUGAAUUCCCUUUUACGACUUACUAUAGAAGAAGAAAACUUUUUUAAAAUUUUUAGGCAUGAGGUUGUACUAGAUGGGCAAGUUUUAAGAUUUACGGUUUCUUCCAGUUCUCAUGCCUAGAAAUCUCAAAGUUGUUGACCGUUUCAUGGCACAGUAUCAUUCAAUCAUACUAAUUCAUUAUUUCUGGUGGUCAUUCAAUUCUGAAUUGAAUUGUGUGUGCUUGGAAGUCAUUUACUGAAAAUGUUCUUUGUGUGCCUUCUGUGUUCUGUUGCAUCAUCAUCAUCAUCAUCAUUUAUGUUGCUCUUCUCAGGCCUCCAUUCAGAAUAUAUACUAAAGACUUGUUCUUUUCUUUAAAUGGGUCGCCUGUAUGCAUAUGUAUGUGUCUGCAUAUCCGCUGAUUUAGUUAAAUUGUUAAAUCUUAGAAAACACAUUUUUGUUUAGAUAUGCACCUUAAAUCAUUUAAAACUUUGUAAAGAGAGCGCAGAUGAUUAAAUCUAAUCAACCUACUUAGCAUUUUUAAGUUUUCUUUGCAAAAAGCAGCAUUUUUCUAAAAUGUAAUUUCAGAAUUCAUAUAUUUGAAUUACCAGAAGGCAUUAAUAUGAAAUUUAACUAUGAACUGCAUUGCCAGUUAUUUAAAAUAAACAACUAGGUUUUUUUUUAAGAUAUGCAGAAAUGGAUGGUAUAUCAAUAAUGAAAGCUUGACAUUUUAUGGUGCUUCCUCGAAAUUGAAGUCUCUCUUCUUGCCUUAGAGCUGAGUUGUAAUAUACAGAUAUGAAAGUCUUUGAGUCAUGAAUUGAAAAAUUUGUAAGAAUUUAUUUUCAAAUUAUGUGUUUUUGGCUUUAAGAGUUUGCUUAGUAAAGCAAGGCAUUUGGCACAUCAUACUCAUUCUUUUGCAAUAUAAUUAGCUUAUGCAGACAGCCAUGCUUUUUCCCAUUUCAAUGUUUACAGGUGUGUUCAAACACCGUCUGUAAAGCUACAAUAAACACAAGAAUAAAUCACACAAAGUUGAGUUGUCAGCAGAAUUCAUGCAGUAUUUUUUUUAUUAUUGUUAUUAGAAAAUAUUCAAAUCUGCAGCAUUAAAAAAAAAUAAAUUGCUGCAUUGUGUGCAUGCACACACAUACAUGUACACUGGGGUUUUAUCUUUGACCUAUCAUUGAUUGUAGAAACAUUCUCAGCUCAAGACAUUACAUGCAGAUUAUAACUAGAUGCUGCAUGGAUCACUCCAAAUUAUUGGUUUGAAAUAAAGUAUAUGAAUGCAUUCACAGAAUGUUUGAGUUACAUGAUAAAGUACUAUAGAGGCUUCCAUUUGACUUUAAGAAAUAAAGGUUUAUUUAACCGUGAAGUUUAGAUUACAGUAUUAAUUAUUUUGUUUCACAAUGGAUCUGUAAUCAUUCUUUUUGCACACAUCUGUCCACUGCACCUUGCAGCAGAACAUUAAUCACACACCAGAAUAUCAGUUGCUAUUCUUUUCCUCUACCCUCUCCAUCUUAUAUACAUUUUUUUACAUUCUUCUGUUACAUGCUAGGUAAACGGGUUUUAUCACUGUUUUAUCUUUUAUGAAUUCUGCUUUUAACAGUAGGUGUAAAACAACACUAUUGUAUAUGAUGCCUUAGGUCAAACUGUACAGUGGCCACAGGGUUCUAAAGCUGUUUAUUGGAAGUACAUGGCCAUAUUGCCUCAUCUAAGUGCUCUGAUUUUCUGCUUAGAAAGUUGUGUUGUCACUGAACAAAAGCAAUCCUUGAAAAAAAAACUGAUACAGUGGAGGCAGCAGAUUUAAAUAUUGUUACAUGGCUGAAAUGCUUGUUUGUUGGUUUAAUAUGUUUCCACAGAAAGAUUCUGUAAAUAAAUGAUAUUCUGUUACACGCAAGUCAAAAGCCACUGAUGUUAUCUUGCAAGCGUUAUUUGGUUACUGACGAUCUCAUCACCCUUACGUUGCAUGCAUUCUAAUUACAUGUACAACAAAUCUAUCAACUGUUUAAUUAUUGUCCAGAAGUUUUAUAUUCUUUGAAAUUUGAUCUUAAUCAGCAUUUGUUUUUGCAAACAUGAGAGAUUCAUCCCACACAUUGUUUUUGUGGUUUUGGCAGGAACUUUUUUAAAGAGUAGUUUGAGCAGAUAUACAGAGACACUACUGAGUUAUGCUCAUGAUAUUCAAGCAUCAAGGCAUUCCAGACCGAAAUAGAUUAAAAGCAUUAAAAUAUUAGUAAUAGCAAAGGAGCAGUAACUGAAACUUUCUCCAAUUCAUCCCAGAAGCAAGUGCCAAAGAAAUAUAAACUUAGUAAUGAGUAUGAACAGUCAUUGUCAGAUUUGUGAACUGCAGUGAACUGCUGAAUUGCAAGAGAAUUCAUAUUACUGGUUCAGAAUUUUCAUUUCACCAGAAAGCCUUGGACAAGAAUGUCAUACCUAAACAGCAAAUAUCGUGAGAGCUUGGAAAGUCAUCUCAUUAAAGGAAGUUUGAAGACUGCAGCUUCACAGAUUGCCAGGUUACUCCUUGACUGGUCCAACAUCUCUGAACUCUGAGUUAUCUGUUUAAAUCUACUGCUACAUGAGCACAAACAAAAUGAUGGAUGGCCAGUUUAUACAAAGCUACUUAUUUGUUGAGCACUAAGGGUUUUUUUUUUUUAAAUCAUCAGACAGAGAAAAUGCAGUUUGGGGGAUUUGCCCUUAUUAGCGGGUAAUAUUGCAUGAAAAUGCACAGAUAAUCAAAGUUUUCCAAGUGUUAUCAUCAGAACCAUUUGUGUUUCUGUACGCAGCAUAUGCCUUUUCAUGUUUUUCCUCCCAACAAAGUAUUGCUAAUGCCUGUCUCAUGGAAUGUUUCAUAUUUUGAACUCAUGAACAUGCCUAUUCAGGCAUUUACAUUUCAUGUUGGUCUUCUUGUGUGUUGUUUUUGUUUGUUUGUUUUUUGUUUUGUUUGUUUGUUUGGUGUUUUUUUUGGGGGGGGUGUAACAGGGAAAAGACUUCAUGUGUUGGAUAUUGAAAUAAUGUCUCAUGGAAUGAUUCACAUUUUGAACUCAUGAACAUGCCUACUCAGGCAUUCACAUUUCAUGUUGGUCUUGUAGUGUUUUUUUGUUUGUUUGUUGUUGUUUUUGGUUUUUUUUUGAAAGGAGAAAGACCAUGUUCUGGCUACUAAAAUGAUAAGUUGGCUAUGAUAGAAGACCGAUUGUAUUCCUAUAGACAUGAUUUGUCUUCUUUGAACAAGAAUUUAUAAUUGCUCUUUGGUGAGCAUAUUAAUACUUACAAGACUGAGAUAUAACCCCUCGUGGUACUGACCUAAAUUGAUAUCUUCGUUAUAUACCAUUUGGAGCUGUCACUUUAUACCCAAAUGACUACUUUCAUUGUUGUCAACAAUUAAAAUUUGCCUAGAGAUCGGGUUAAAAAAGUAAAGGUCAUCCCCUAAGCUUUUCACGUUGUUGAGAAAAGGGGGGUGAGGUGUUAGAGACCCCCACUUUCCUCAGGGCUAGCUUUAUGUGAGGGCAGUACCCAUCUCCUUUCCCUUCCCCGACACUCCAUGGAGUCAGGUACCCAUUCCCGUCUGCUGGAUCAACUGGGGGAAGUUUGCUGUGGUUAUUGGCCAUUGAACCAGCCCUCUCUCAGUUUGGACGCCAGCUCUCUGACCACUUGGGUAUCUCUUCCCCUAGAUCAGGUUAGCAGUAGGUUAGUGGGUUAGCAUGCUUGUUUCAAGUGAUGCCAAAUAUUUUUCAUUAUAAUUUGUCUCUAUUUCCUGCUCUAUACUUUGAUAAAUGUGGGGUGGGGGUGGAAACAAAAAAAAAUUUCAUUGGGAAGAAAUAAAGCUGUCAACAUGCUGUUAGCACAAAGAACUUGUUUGAGGUGCUAGAAAUUCGGUUCUCUAGUGGUAUCAUUUUAAAAAAAAUGUAUUUAACAGCAGGACAGUCCUUAAAUAGUGUUUGAUCUUAACCAGACAAAUAUCAUUGAAUGUUUGACCAAGCUGGCAAAGCACAAUGUGAAAGUCACAGGAAUCAUGUAAUUUUGGGGCAAAAGCUCAAUAUAUAUGUUUUUUCCAGUAUAUUUGCAAGUGCAAUGGGCUUUGGGGCACUUCAAAGGAUCUGCACUUUACUUUAAGAGGGGUCUCUAGUGUGAUGUGAUUAAAUGGACUGGAUACUAUAUAUCCAUAUUCAGAAAAAGAUAUGCAAAAGAAAUCUUACGCCUGCAACAUCCUAAUAGCCCUGAGAAGUGUCUCAAUUAUCACACACAUGGUAAAGAAUGGCAUAGUGCUUUUUUUCUCCAGAUCUGCAUGAUAGAAAAUACCAUAAUAAUAUGCAAGCAUAGAAAGAGGGGACAACUGAAAUAUUGUGGCUUAUCUUGAUGUUAUUAUGUUCAUUGUUAUAAAGUGCCUACAGGUUAAAUUUUCUCAUACAUAACACAGAUAACCUUGGUAAUCAUUGCAGUUAUUGUGCUUAGAAAGUUGCUGAUUUGAGGCUUACUGUGGUUAGCGACAAAAAUUUCUUCUGCCUAUACAGCAGUGAUGGAAAAUAUAUGGUAGGCAAAAGAAGAAGUCAUGGCCUUUUGUAUGCUAUGUUCUUUAAAUAAUGAACCACUUAGUCUGAUGCCCUUGUAGCCAUUAGGCUAUGGGGACCUAUGUUUUUACAUUCACCAUCUCUUGUAUACUUAAUAGAGAUAAUACCUCAUUUAAGAGAGAAAAAAAAUAGGUUAUUCUAACCUCUUCUUUGAAAUUGUUAGUGAGUGCUUUUUGAAACUAAUAAGUUACUAAAUUGGUUUGAACAAAUAUUAGCUUGACCUUUCCCAACCAUUACAAACUCGUCUCAUUCAUAGCACCAUAUGAUGAUGUUUGUAAGGUAUUAUUGUAGGGCAGCUGCUGAGGUCCAAAGUUUAUGCACAUUUUAUCAUGUCAGUGGGGCCUCCAGAAUUAGUUCUACUUUCCAGACUUAACGAACAAAAUAAUUUUGAAGAAAAUUGCCUGUAUCCAUUUCAGACAAAACUUUUGAUAAAGUUUACCUUCCAUGCAUGAAAAUUGUGUGCCGUUGAUCGUGGGUGUAAUCAAUAUAUUUAUAUAUUUUGUUGUUGUACAGUCGUGUCUUUGCGUAAUUGCUGUUGAAUAAAGAGUUGUAAUUGCAA